AUGGGGAUGUUUGGGGUAUAUAAUGGACAAAAAUCUAAGUUCGAUGACACUCACUUUUGGCAUGAGCCCUGUCCGCAGCAGCCAACCAGUCUGUGCUAUGUCGCCUCUUAUUUGCUUGCAGCCCUUGGGGGCAACUCUUCUCCUACAGCCAAAGACAUUAAGAAGAUACUAGACAGCGUGGGCAUCAAGGGGGACUACGACCAGCUCAGCAAGGUCAUCAGUCGUCAGAGCUGAAUGGGAAAACGUGAUGAUGUCAUCACCCAGAGUAUUGGCAAACUUGUGAGUGUGCCUGCUGGUGGGGCUGUGGCUGCUAUCCUUGGCUCUGCAGCUCCUGCUGCUAGUUCCCUCCCCAGCAGCAGAGAAGAAAAACAGAAGAAGGAGGAGUCUGAGGAGUCAGAUGGUGACGUGAGAUUUGUCUUGUUUGAUUAA